AUGCUGCUCGCUCUCGCGCUUAUCAGCCUUGUUGCCGUCGUGCUGGUGCUUGCCUUCGUACCUUCCUCUAUUGUUCGUCAGCAAACAAAGGGCCAAAUUCCUGUUUCUGUGAACUACUUUUUUACACGCAAGUGUAACAAGUCAUGCGGCUUCUGCUUUCACACAGCAAAGACUUCGCACAUGGAAGACAUCUCUCGUGCAAAGCGGGGACUUCAACUGUUACAACGGGCUGGCAUGAAGAAGAUUAACUUCGCAGGCGGAGAGCCCUUCCUUUACCCAAAAUUUUUGGGCGAACUGGUUGACUUCUGUAAGGAGGACCUACACUUGGAGUCUGUAUCCAUUAUCACCAAUGGAAGCCUUGUUAGAGAGGAGUGGGUUCGUAAGCAUGCCAAGAAUAUUGACAUCUUAGCAUGUUCAUGCGACUCUUUUGAUGAGAACAUGAAUAUCGAGAUUGGCCGUGGGACGGGAAACCAAGUUGAAAUUCUGUACCGGAUUGCCAAGUGGUGCCGCAAGAACGAGAUUAAGUUCAAGUUGAAUACCGUGGUUACUCGUCUUAACUAUGAGGAGGAUAUGAAUGAGCACAUCGAUACUCUACAACCUUUCCGGUGGAAAGUCUUUCAGGUGCUAAUCGUGGAGGGCGAGAACGACUCGGAGAAAACGCUGCGUGACGCUCGAAGGUUUACCAUUUCGGAUAAGCAGUUCGAAGUUUUCUGCAGCAAGCACAGGCAUCACAAAUCAUUCGUCGCAGAGCCCAACCGUCUCAUGGCCUCGUCGUAUCUACUAGUAGAUGAAUACAUGCGAUUCAUCGACAAGGACGGUAAUAAACUCACUAAAUCCAUUCUGGAUGUUGGAGUUGAGGCGGCCAUGAAGGAGAUCAAGUGGGAUGUGGAUGCUUUCCAGGAACGGGGAGGCGUAUAUGAAUGGACUAAGGAAAACGAGCAAGUGGAAGCUUGCUCUACGGGCAUGAGCGAAAAGUUAGUUUGGUAA